CAAAGUUUGUAAUUGUGCGGUACGUCUUGUGGACGUUUUGGGGCCGUUUCUCAUGAAUUAAGUUCGUUUGUUUCAUUAUUAUUUGUGCAAAUAUACAAAAUGACCGUCGACAAAGCUUCUGAAUCCAUGAAUAUGGACAUUGACUUCCCCGAGGAGGACGUCCCUUAUGAAGAGGAAAUCCUUCGAAAUGCCUACUCCGUGAAGCACUGGCUACGCUACAUUGACCACAAAUCCAAAGCGCCCAACAAUGGUGUGAAUAUAGUCUUUGAACGAGCCCUCAAGGAGCUGCCGGGCUCCUACAAAAUUUGGUACAACUACUUAAGGACUCGCCGGAAGCAAGUGCGCGGGAAAUGUCUGACGGAUCCAAUGUACGAGGAAAUCAACAAUUGCUUCGAACGCGCGCUGGUCUUCAUGCAUAAAAUGCCACGGAUAUGGAUGGACUAUGGCGUGUUCAUGACGGGACAAUGUAAAAUCACUCGCACGCGACAUGUCUUCGACCGGGCUCUGAGGGCGCUUCCGAUCACACAACAUCAUCGCAUUUGGCCGCUUUACAUUGACUUUUUGAAGAAGUUCGAUAUCACUGAGACCGCGGUGAGGGUUUACAGGAGAUACUUGAAGUUGUUUCCGGAGGAUGCUGAGGACUAUGUGGACUACCUGAGCUCGGUGGGGCGACUGGAUGAGGCGGCGCAACAGUUGGCGAAUAUCGUGGACAAUGAGAACUUUGUCUCCAAGCACGGGAAAUCUAAUCAUCAGUUGUGGAAUGAACUCUGUGAGCUGAUAUCGAAAAAUCCAGAUAAAGUACAUUCACUGAAUGUAGACGCCAUCAUUCGAGGAGGGCUAAGAAGAUAUACCGACCAGCUAGGUCACUUGUGGAACUCUCUAGCCGACUACUACGUCCGCAGCGGUUUGUUUGAUCGAGCUCGGGAUAUCUACGAGGAAGCCAUACAAACAGUGACAACUGUCCGAGAUUUUACACAAGUUUUCGAUGCUUACGCUCAAUUCGAAGAGUUAAGUCUGAGUAAGAGAAUGGAAGAUGUCGCCAAUGACCCCGAUUCAACCGAAGAAGACGAUAUAGACAUCGAGUUGCGUUUAUCUAGAUUCGAGUAUUUAAUGGAGCGGCGUCUACUUCUCCUAAACAGUGUCCUGCUUCGUCAGAAUCCACACAAUGUUCAUGAAUGGCAUAAACGAGUGACAUUGUACGAAUCAAAACCUGAAGAAAUCAUCAAUACAUACACAGAAGCUGUACAAACCGUGCAACCUCGAUUAGCUGUUGGAAAACUGCACACAUUAUGGGUGGAAUUCGCAAAGUUUUACGAGAAAAAUGGACAAGUUGAUGAUGCCAGAGUUGUUUUUGAAAAGGCAACCCAAGUGGAAUACGUGAAAGUUGAUGAAUUGGCUUCAGUUUGGUGUGAAUGGGCUGAAAUGGAGAUUCGACAGAGGAAGUAUGAAAAUGCCUUGAAACUUAUGCAAAAAGCGACGGUUUUGCCGAAGAGAAAAGUUGCAUAUCAUGACGAUACCGAGCCUGUUCAGAUGAGAGUCUACAAAUCUUUGAAAUUAUGGUCAAUGUACGCCGAUCUGGAAGAGAGUUUUGGAUCAUUAAAGACAUGCAAGGCUGUUUACGAUCGGAUAAUUGAUUUGAAAAUUUGUACACCUCAAAUUAUCAUCAAUUAUGGUCUUUUCUUGGAAGAACACAAUUAUUUUGAAGAGGCAUUCCGUGCGUAUGAAAAAGGGAUCUCGUUAUUCAAAUGGCCAAACGUUUAUGACAUUUGGAAUUCAUACUUGACCAAAUUCCUGAAACGUUACGGUGGUACCAAGCUAGAGCGAGCUCGAGAUUUAUUCGAACAAUGUCUGGAAAGUUGCCCGCCGGAAUAUGCAAAGAAUUUCUAUUUGUUGUAUGCGAAACUAGAGGAGGAACACGGUUUAGCUCGUCACGCCAUGGCUGUAUAUGAACGCGCAACAACUGCAGUUCGAAGUGAGGAAAUGUUUAACAUGUUUAAUAUUUAUCUGAAAAAGGCGGCGGAAAUAUAUGGUCUGCCCAGAACGCGGCAGAUUUACGAGAAGGCCAUAGAAAUCCUUCCCGAGGACAAUGCAAGAGAAAUGUGUACGAGAUUCGCUGAAAUGGAGACUAAAUUGGGUGAAAUCGAUAGAGCCCGAGCGAUAUAUGCUCAUUGCAGUCAAUUUUGUGACCCGCGAAUUACCGCCGAGUUCUGGCAAACCUGGAAGGAGUUUGAAGUUCGUCACGGCAACGAAGAUACGAUGCGUGAAAUGUUACGAAUUAAACGCAGUGUCCAGGCCACUUAUAAUACGCAGGUUAAUAUGAUGGCAGCUCAAAUGGUUAACUCAACGGCUGGAACUGUUGCUGACCUCGCUCCGGGAGUUAAGGAUGGUAUGCGAUUGCUUGAGGCUAAGGCUGCAGAAUUGUCCAAACAACAAGCUCAAAAGGCGCAACAGAAUAGUAAUAUCAUGUUUGUUCGUGGCGAGACUCAAGGUAUUGGAGAAAAGGAUAAAGUUGUUAAUCCGGAUGAGAUUGAUAUUGGCGAUGAGAGUGAUGAAGAAGAAGAGGAUGAGGGAGAUGUUGAUGUUAUGAAGAAUGUACCGAUCGAGAAACAAUCUAUACCCGCUAAGGUUUUCGGUAGUCUGAAGAGUGUUGUGGAUGAAGAAGAAUAAAGUUAUUUGUAUCCAAUGUAA